AGUCUUGAAUGCGGUGGUGGUUCUUUUACUUUUGGAGCUGGUCCAGAUGGUAUGAAGACGACGUGGAAAUUGGCUCAUCCGAUGGGUACAAGAUUGCCUCUGAUAUGCUUAUGAACUCCAUAAAUUUUUCGAUUGAUCCAUGCGAUAAUUUCUUUGAAUUCACUUGCGGCAACUGGAUAGCCAAAAACCCAAUCAAGAAGCACAUGAGUACGUCAUCACAAUUUGAUUUACUCGAAGAUCAAGUAAACGAGCAAAUAAGAGGCAUACUUGUAUCAAACGAGACGUUCCGUUCGAAAUCCAUAACUGCCUUGAAAGCUGUCUAUAAGAAAUGUAUGGAUACGGAUAAACUGAACCGUAGAGGUGCUAAGCGAUUGAUAGCUGAAGUCAAGAGACGCUUCGCUUGGCCGAUAAUAGAUGGAGAUAAAAAGUGGAGAGAGAAGGAUUAUGAUUUGACAUCGCUACUUAUCCAUUUUGAUCAGGCAGGCCUCAGAAUGGGUCAUUCUGAAUAUUAUUUGGAUAUGAAAACGUAUGGUAAGAAAGUUGAAGCUCUCAAAAGGUAUCUUAUCAGGCAGGUUAAAUUAUUCCAAAGAGAUGGCGGUCGGCCCACCUACAAGAAAAAAAUUGAAAAGGGUGUUAACGAGAUGAUUGAUCUUGAGAUAAAGUUAGCGAAAAUCUUGGUGCCAGAGGAGGAUCGCAGGAACUGGACAAGAAUGUAUAACCUCCGUCACUUGAGCGAUAUGCAGAAGCUCAUGCCAUUAGUCAACUGGACUCGAUACUUAUUAGCAGUCGCUCCAUCUUAUUCUCACAACUACCUAAAAUCAAAUCCAGAAAUUAUUAUUAGGGAAGUCGACUACAUGCGGAAUAUCAGCAAGCUUUUGCGGCGGGUGAAACCCCGUAUCAUCACCAACUAUGUUUUAAUGCGACUUUCUGAAGAUUGGGAAGGAGAGAUGGGGGAGGAUUAUGAGAACAUCGCUGUGAAAUUCGAUCGAAUAAUGUACGGAAAGAAAGAAAAGCCACCGCGUGAGAUUUACUGCAUUCGACACACAGUGAGUUUGCUGCAGUAUGCUACCAGCGCGGUAUAUGUCAGAAAAAUGUUCAACCAGAAGUCGAAAGCUGUAGUCCUGGAAAUGAUCAAUGAUAUACGAAGGGCAUUUCGUGAGAUGCUCAGCACCAAUAAGUGGAUAAAUAGCUCUAGAAAUGCAGCCCUAGAAAAGACGGAUUCAAUGUUAAGUCAAGUAGGUUACCCCAACUUUAUUCUAAAUGACGAGAAGCUUGACAAGUACUACGAUGGCCUUGAUGUACGUGAAAGUGACUCGUACAGUGAAAUGUUGGACAAAGUAGCUCGAUGGCAUAUUGAGCACUCAUUCAAACAAUUAAUGAAGCCUGCAGACCGCCACGAAUAUGAUUUCAAUUCAGCUAAAGUUAACGCUUAUUAUUCGCUAACAAGUAAUUCAAUACAAAUUCCCGCAGCUAUCCUUCAAGCUCCAUUCUUUCAUCACACCUUUCCCAGAGCCUUGAACUACGGUGCAAUUGGAUCUACCAUCGCACAUGAGAUCUCGCAUGCAUUUGACGAUGAAGGAAGCCAGUAUGACGCCAUCGGCAACCUUCGCGAGUGGUGGGAUGCGGAUGUGAAAAAGAAGUACCAAAAGCGAGCUCAAUGCUUGAUUGACCAAUACGGAGAGAUUGAGGUACCGGGAACCGGCCAGAAAAUCAACGGUGAACUCACUGUGGGAGAAAAUAUUGCCGACAAUGCAGGAGUGAAGUUAGCCUAUAGGGCGUACAAAGCAUAUUUGCGAAAACACGGAGAAGAGAAGAAGAUCAGAGGUCUCGAAGGCUAUAGUAGUGAACAGAUAUUCUUCAUGGGCUACGCAGUGUCCUCUUGUGGGGACGACACAAAAGACGAACUGAUCGACUCUCUCCUUACAACUCCUCAUAGUCCAAUGCGUUAUCGAGUCAAUCAAGUGCUGGCCAAUCAACGCGGGUUUGCUGCUGCCUUCAGUUGUGAAAAGGGCAGUAAGAUGAACCCCGAAAAACGCUGUGGUGUCUGGUAAACAGAAAGGAGGCAAAUAACAGAUUGUGUACCAGUAUACAAAAGCCUACCGAUGUGUUCGAUAAUUUUCAC